GUGUGUGUGUGUGUGUGUGUGUGUGUGUCUUUAUUUCCCAUAAACCACAAGUAGAAUCUUCUCCCUCUGCUUGGGAUCGGCAGGCGAGGGGAGAGGUCCAACUAGAUGAGCACACACUUCAUGGUUUACGGGGAGGUCACACCUAGAAAUCUUGAAGAGCUGCUUCUGGUUUCUACUUUGUCUCUUGGGGUGAGUAAGGCAGACCGGACUGCCAGGGCUAACGGAGCCUGUAAGAGCGAUCCUUGCCUGGCCGGCUUGUGCAGGCUGUGAGCUAAAUGCAACUCAGAGAGGCGGCUAUAAAUAGCCAUUCAUUGUCAGUGUGUGUGUGUGAAAAGACAAGAGUGAGUGUGCCGGUCUGAUUCAGGCCCAGUUAAACGGCCAUCUGGACAGGACUAUAAACGAAGUCCGCAGGCAACGCCAGGGGCUGGACACUCACCGAAGGGAAGCUGUUCAACGCCGGAGUCGCCUGCAAUGGCAAAAAUCAUCUUGAGGCACCUCAUAGAGACCCCAGUGCGUUAUCAGGAGGAGUUUGAAGCUCGGGGCUUGGAAGACUGCAGACUGGAUCAUGCUUUAUACGCACUGCCCGGGCCAACCAUCGAGGACCUGAGGAAAGCCAGAGGCACGCCACAGGCUCUUGCAGAGGACUCAGCCUCCACCGAGACGCCACCCAGAGAAGGCAAAUCCCACUUCCAGAUCCUGCUGGAUGUGGUCCAGUUCCUGCCCGAGGACAUCAUCAUCCAGACCUUCGAGGGCUGGCUGCUGAUCAAAGCGCAGCAUGGGACCAGAAUGGACGAGCACGGCUUUAUAUCCCGGAGUUUCACCAGACAGUACAAACUGCCAGACGGCGUGGAAACCAAGGAUUUGUCCGCCAUCCUCUGUCACGAUGGAAUCUUGGUGGUGGAGGUAAAGGAUCCACUAGGGACCAAGUAAAAACCUUAUUGGUCCUUGUUCUUACGACAGGAGAAAGAUGGAAGCCAGCGACACCGGGGAUGUUUAACUUUGGGGAUGGUUUGCUGUAACUUUUAUGAGGAUUAAAAACAUAUCCGCAGUUGCUGG